AUGGUCACAGUGUCAGCCAAUAUCAAGUUUGAUCAAGAAAAAGACAGUGUAAUCACAUUAGCAGGUGGUUGUUUUUGGGGGACAGAAAGACUCUUUAGAUCACAUUUCUCAGGUAGAAUAACAGAUUUAAGAGUUGGUUAUGCAAAUGGAUUAGAUAAAUUUGAAGAAUUAAGUUAUGAGCAGGUUUGUUCUGGUGAAACUGAAUUCACUGAAGUUUUACAAAUAACAUAUCCAAAGGAAAAUUCAGAAACUUUUAAAAAUUUAAUACAAUUUUUCUUUAAAGUUCAUGAUCCAACAACUUUUGAUAAACAAGGUGAAGAUGAUGUUGGGAAACAAUAUCGUUCUGCUAUUUUUUAUCAUGAUGAUUCUCAAAUAGAUAUAAUAAACCAAGUGAUUGAAGAGUUCAAUCCUAAAUGGGAUAAUAAGAUUGUCACAGUGGUGGAAAAGAUUAAUAAUUGGUUUGAUGCUGAAGAUUAUCAUCAAAAUUAUUAUGAAACUGAUUUGGCAAAUGAAAGGAAUUGGGCCCCAUGUUCCACUCAUUUCGUUAGAGAUAUAUAA